UUGUUAGUGCUGAAUGGAAACAGUGCAAAUGGGCAAAGCAUUCUAAGGGAGUGGUAGCUUUUAAAACAAUGACGAGUAUGCAGUUUUGGAAUGGAGUCACUGUGUGUUUGAAGGUUUUUGGACCCUUAGUUAAGGUACUUAGAUUGGUUGAUGGUGAUAAGAAACCUACAAUGGGAUAUCUGCAUGGAGAGUUAUUACAAGCAAAGAAAGAUAUAUGUGGUGGGUUGAAUAACGUUCAAAAGAAUAUUCAGCCAAUCAUGACUAUCAUUGACCAAAGAAUUGAGGGUCGACUUGACAGUCCUUUGCAUUUGACGGGUUAUCUCUUGAAUCCUUACUAUUUAUACAAAGAUCAAACCAUUCCGUUACAUAACAAUGUGCUCACAAUCUUUUCCAAGUGUGUCAAUAAUGCUUUUAUUCCCGACGAUCUUUCCAAGCAAUGCAACGUCAUCAAUUCUGAGAUUAAUAAGUACAAGAACAAGGAAGAUAAUUUUAGGACACCAUGGGCUAUAAAAGGCUGUGAAGAAUUUAAAGAUGAUUAUGAUCCAGGUAUGUUUAAAAAUUCAAAGCCACUAUAUAUCUUUAGUUUUGUUUGAUAUAAUUUGUGUAGUGGAAUAUAUUGUUUUGUCUUAAAUCUUGUACGUAGAGACAAAUGUGAAUGCGUAAGAAAUAAGUGGAUUCUGUAACGUUUCCACUUUAAUAAAUUAAAUAAAACAGAAAACACUAAUUGUUUUGUUUUCUUAUUAGUUGAAUGGUGGAACACUUGCGGGACGUCGGUGCCUAAUUUGCAAAGAAUGGCAAAGAGAAUUUUGUCAUUGACUACUAGUUCAUCAGGAUGUGAAAGAGCUUGGAGUUUUUUUGAAGGGGUAAUUUUUUAUUAGUCUAUGAUUCUAAAAUUUUAUAACUUAAUCUUUCAUAUGUAUUGAUGAUGUUGUUUUAAAAAUGCAGAUACAUACAAAAAAGCAAAACCGACUUAGUACAAGUAGAAUGAAUAAUCUUGUAUUUGUCCAAUUUAAUACAAGAUUGUUGAAAAAAGGAAAAAAAAACGGAAGGAGAAGAACAUCAAUAUAUUGCUGGCUGAUGAUGUUACUCAUGCUCAAGAAUGGCUUGUUGAAGGUGAUGAUGGAGAGCAUGAAUCAGCUAUGGGUGUAGGGGCUGUGGAUACAGAAGGAGCGGCAGAUGAUGAUGAUAUGGCUGAUAUUAGAGAACUGCAUGAUGAAGAUUUUAUUUCUGAUGCUGAAGAGGAAGAUUUUGCUGGUACUAAUUUGGAAUCAGAUGAAGACCAAGUUCCAAACAUGUACGGUGAAGAAGAAUAUGAUGAUUAAACUUUCAGUUUGGUUUAUUUUUUUCAUUUUACUUGUUCUUUUGAUUUGAGGACGAAAAUGUUUUCUACUUUAUUUAGAUUUAGAAUUAUUAUCAUCUUUUUAGACGUUGGUUAUUUGAUUUUAAGAAUUUAGUAUUGAAAGUUUUUUGUUCUUUAGUAUUAAUAUUAUUUUAUUACAUAUCAAUCAUUAAUAAUAUAUAUAUUAUUAACCAUUUAUAAUUUAUAUAUAUAUAUAUAGUCCACUUAGGCCCGUUUAGAUGCUCGCGUAUACGUCUAGGCGCUAAGUCACCGCACAGAAAACGUAUAUCAUAUUUUAGAACACUAAUUUUACUUAAAAGGAAAGUAGUGGGAAAGAAAAAACAGAGUAAUUAUAGUCGUACUCUUGGAACAUCAACAUCCCUAGAUUUUUAGAGAGAUUUUUAACAAAAUGUGGGACCCACUGACGCGUGGAUCCCACAAAAAUUUUAAAAACUGCUACCAUCAAACACCAAAUAAGGAUCGGUAAGUGGGGGUUUGGCAUUGUUUGCGGACUCCACCGACACGUGACAGCCCGCAAUUGGCUCAUUUUUAAUUUUUACUUUUUUUUUAAGAAGAAAAAAAAAAAAAAAAAAACCUAAGGAUCGCUUAUGCGAUAAUCAUGGUCUUACUUGGUUGACUAGACAACAGAUUGAUCCCUGCCUUUCAUUUAAAGUUACAAACGACUUGAUCAUUCUUCUAAUAAAAUCAACACAAGGACUUUUACUUUUUUUAAUCCAUUAGAAGAACGGUUCGGAGAAAGACUAAUUAGUCAGUCAAGCGAAAUGGAUUUAUCUGUGUAGUCCCAUUCAAUAUUGUUUCCUAUAAAAGUAGAUGAAACAUUAGACCAUAUUUAUUCAUCACAAUUCCAUUCUUUUUGCUUCUUUCGAUUACUAUUCAUGAAAGCUAAAUUGGUUUACAGAAGGAUGCAUAUAAGUCAGUACGGAAACUCAAUUCCAAGGUCUCUUUCUUUUAUCUUUUUAUUCCUUUUUCAGUUUGAAACCGUAUUCCCGGCCCCUACUGGACAUGUGUGUCAUCCCGAACAAAGGGAUGCACUUCUCGAGUUUAAAAACGAGUUUGAGAUUGGCAAACCUUCUUACAUUUGUGGUGAUAGUUUUGUACCGAAGACAAAGUCAUGGGCGAAUAACAUCGACUGUUGCUACUGGGACGGUAUCAAAUGUGAUCCCAAAUCGGGGAAAGUGAUUGUGGUAGACCUCUUUUGCAGCGGCCUCCACGGCCGGUUUCAUUCUGAUAGCAAGCUUUUCAGGAUUCAAAGUCUGCGUUUUCUCGACCUAUCAUACAAUGAUUUCAGCGGUCAAAUUCUAACUUCAGUUGGAAAUUUUUCUCAACUUGCCACUCUCUGCCUCUCUUAUAACAAUUUUGUAGGUGAAAUUCCGUCUUCACUUGGAAACCUUUCUAAUCUCAAAUUUCUUCAACUCUCUCAUAACAAUUUUAUUGGUGAAAUCCCAUCUUCACUUGGUAACCUUUCAAAUCUCAUCUCUAUUGACUUUUACCAUAACAAUUUUGUUGGUGAAAUCCCAUCUUCACUUGGUAACCUUUCAAAUCUCAACACUCUUUACCUCUCUGAUAACAAUUUCGUUGGUGAAAUCCCAUCUUCAUUUGAAAACCUUUCUUAUCUCGACAUUCUCGAUCUCUCCCACAACCAUUUGGUUGGAAAGCUUCCAUCAUUGACUCGUCUUUCUAUUCUUAGAUUUCUAAAUGUGGAAAGUAACAUAAUCAGUGACAAGUUUCCUUCCUGGUUGACUUCUCUGACAAACCUACGAUUUCUCAUCCUUUCUUUCAAUUCAUUCCAUGGGCCAAUACAAAAGAUCAAAUCUCUCAAGAAGUUGGAAAUCAUCGACAUAUCGCAUAACCACUUCAAUGGAACUUUGCCAGAAGUAUUCGCCAAUGGAUGCAAUCUAAGAACACUCCAUGUUGGUCACAACGAAUUGGCGGGAAAACUUCCGAGGUCCUUGUCCAAGUGUUCUUAUCUAGAGGUUCUAAACAUGGAACACAACGGAAUCAGCGACACUUUCCCAUUCUGGUUGGAAUCUUUACAAAGUCUACAAGUAUUAGUCCUCCACUCUAACGAGUUUCAUGGGUCGUUACAACAUCAUCAUCCCAAGUCUGCUUCUUCGUUUCCCGAGUUGCAUAUCAUUGACAUAUCAUAUAAUUACUUCUCCGGAAUCCUGCCAUUUGAUUUCUUCGUGUAUUUGAGAGCCAUGUACUCGGAGCGAAACCGUUCAGAACUCAAGUACAUAGGAGAAGAACGUGUAUACUACCAGGAUGACUCGUUGGUCUUACUAAACAAAGGAGUCGAAAUAACGUACACGAGGAUCCUUACGCUCUUAACAGCCGUUGAUAUUUCUGGUAAUAGACUUCACGGUGAGAUCCCUAAAUCCAUUGAUCUACUGAAGAGUCUCAUUGUGCUUAAUCUGUCGAGCAAUUGUUUCACUGGAGACAUCCCUUCGUCUUUGGCCAAUCUAACUAUGCUCGAGUCCCUAGACUUAUCGCAUAACAAGCUGUCAAGCCAAAUCCCACCUGCUCUCGGGUACCUCACGAGUCUGUCUACGGUUAGAGUUUCCCACAAUCAGCUCGUCGGUCCAAUACCGCAAGGCGUACAGUUUCAGACACAAGAUUCUUCGUCUUUUGAAGAUAACCUUGGACUUUGUGGUCGUCCUCUCGAUAAAAAAUGCGGAGACGUAGACACAGAGCAAUUACAAGAACCAGAAUCUGUAGAAGAGAAAGAAGAAGAAGAAAAAGUUUUUAGCUGGACUGCAGCUGCCAUAGCCUUAGCACCAGGGGUCAUCUUGGGAUUGACGAUUGGGCACUUUGUGACUCUACAAAAUCCUCAAAGGCUUAUGAAGAUUUCUGUACGUCAUCAGUACAAGGUAUGUUGAAUGAUCAGCAACUCAUGCAAACCUACAGAUGCAACUAAUUCACCUUUUGCCCUUUGAUUUACAGUUUAACCCUUUAGGUUUGGUAACUGAGAAAAGAUGAAACACAAGAAUGGGACUCUCGAAGCCGAUUCAGGUUAGAUUUGGUUCACAUGUCAACUUAUUGGGCUGUUGCAUCGUAAUUGGGAUCUUAGCUGUAGUACUUAAGCACGUACGUCUAUUGUAUUAUCUUCUUAACCCAUGUUUGAAUUGUAUAGUUUUUUUUCUUUCCUUUUUUGGUCAAAGUUUGAAUUGUAUAGUUUGCAUUAAGAAUUCUUACCGGUCAAUUCAAUCCAUUGUCGAAAAUUCAAUCAACAAGUCUUUACCUUACAAAUGUUGUAAUUGAUGUUUACUUAGAAGGACCAUUUUUUCUAUGUUUCCUAUAAUCAUGUUUAAAAUUUAAAAUUGGUUGGAGAUAUAAUAUUUCAAACUCAACAAAAUAAAAAAUAAUAAUUUUAUUUAACAUAUGUAUAUUAAAUUUGGAAUUAUAAAAACUAAUAUGUUAAAUAAUAUUAAUAUAAAUAUAGUUUUCAUAAAUUUAUUGAAUCUUAUAAAGAAUAAUGUAUGCGAUUUCAAGAUUAAAAAAUAAUUAUUAAAUUUAAGAAUGUAAACUAUAGAAAAUUGGAACCUUUGUUUUUAUAUUUUGAAGGCAUUUCUUCUCUAUUGAUGACUUCAAAUAAAAAAAAUUAUUGUACCAAAAAUUUAAAAUAUAAUUAAUAACUUUAAGAAUGGAAUGUAUGGAGGAAACACAUGAAAUAUUUUGUUCUCUCCAUUCAUUAAGCAAUCGCUUCUGCUUGGUACUUUCUCAUAUUUCAUCUUCCAUCCCUCUCUCUCCCCUUCCAUACUCAAUUUCUCAGUCUCGAUUCUCCAAAAUCUCGUAUCAAUUUAUUAUUUUCUUUGAGAAUAAAUUGUUUCGUCGAGAGAGCUUGCUUACCUCGACUUUCGAAUCAUCUCGGUUUCUCCUCCACGAUCUGAUUCCGCAAUGCGCACUUGCUCCAUUCAUUAAGCGCACUAGUCUCCAUCUUGAUCUUUCGCAAUGGUGGUCUGCAAAUGCAGAAAGGCUACGAAGCUAUAUUGCUUUGUUCACAAGGUCCCUGUUUGUGGCGAAUGCAUUUGCUUCCCUGAGCAUCAAACUUGUGUGGUCCGGACUUAUUCAGAAUGGGUGAUAGAUGGAGAGUAUGACCAGCCUAAGUGUUGUCAAUGCCAAGCAGCCUUUGAUGAGGGCGGAGCUCAUCAACUCACUCGUUUGGGUUGCUUGCAUGCUAUACAUACAAGUUGCUUGGUUUCACUUAUCAAGAGCCUUCCUCCUCAUACUGCACCUCCUGGUUAUGCCUGCCCAACAUGUAGCACUCCUAUAUGGCCUCCCAAGAUGGUAAAAGAUGCAGGAUCUCGGCUUCAUGCACAGUUAAGGGAAGCGAUUAUGCAGACUGGUCUUGAAAAGAAUCUAUUUGGGAACCAUCCAGUUUCUCGAUCCACAGAAUCUCGUAGCCCACCUCCUGCAUUUGCUUCAGAUGCAUUAAUUAAUGCUCAUACACAAUAAGGGAGGAAUCUUCUAGCUGAAAAUGGAGAAUAUUCCAAAUCUGCGGUUUCAGAGAUAGUUGAGAUAGAUGUUCCUUCUUCUGCUGAGAAUUACAUGAAAACCUCAAGCCCUGGACAUGUUGCUGCUGCACGGAAAGGCAUACCCGCUGUGGACAGACAGAACUCCGAGACUCUAUAUUAUGCAGAUGACGAAGACGGGAAUAAGAAAAAGUACUCAAGACGAGGUCCACUUCGUCACAAGUUUCUGCGGGCUUUACUACCAUUCUGGUCAAGUGCGCUACCUACUCUACCCGUGACUGCACCACCUCGUAAAGAUCCAACAAAGGCAGAAGAUGGUUCAGAAGGACGUGUAAGACAUCGGUCAUCAAGGAUGGAUAUAAGGAAAAUACUCCUUUUCUUAGCAAUCAUAGCGUGUAUGGGAACAAUGGGGAUUUUAUACUACAGACUUGCACAACGGGUAAUUGGUCAAGAAAUAACCGACGAGGAGCAGCAAUGAGGUAAAUAUCGUAUCGGAGAGGGACGACUAGAAAAUGUUUUGUUAGAAGUUGAUUUCGAGAAUUGUGGGAUGCGGUUCUUUGUGACAGUCUUGUCCUUUGUUUCUUUGUUUCGCGGGUCAAAGUAUAUUUGAUUGUCACCUGUUUCUGUUUCGAUUGGCAUGUUUUAGUAUGUAAUAGUUGUUUUGGUAUAGACGAAAAUGCAUUUUACAGACUUCAGAGCA